AUGGGAUUGCAUUCGAGCUGGCUGCUUCUGACUCUAUCGCAGGCCUUCCCUUCGGCAGCCGAGGCACAAGAUUACACCACUUCGGGCAUUGUCGAGGAGGAUGUCGUAUUUCCGCGGAUUGGUACAUUUGCUCCCUCGGCACCGACACCCAUUGUCUUUGCCGUGCAGAACUCGCCUCUCGUGGGGUGUCUCAGCCCGAGGAUCUCGUAUGAUCUGGAGUUGAUGCGCGACGGUUGCUACUCCACCACCAAAAACGGCUUCCCGCAGCCGGACUUCGUCACCGCAACGGACGACGGCAUUUGCCGCAAAAUCUACAAGCACGCCUCGUGUGUAGUAAUUUCGCCCCUAACUUCCACUGCCAAUACCUGCAAGGUCAAAAUCAACUCCACCGCUGCAUGGAGUGUGUCCGCGGCUCUGACGGCAACGGCUUGUCUUGCUGCGUCGCCCGAAGUGAGCGGUCCGGCCGCCAACGAUGCGGCCACUGGAGCAUAA